AUGGCCCGACGCAAGCUUCCGAAUGCACCUCCGAAUGGGAUAGGCGCCGGUGAGCGGCCGUCACUGGCGCCAAAGCCCUUGAAUAUUGAGGCUGCGCGCGUAAAGCUCACGCAACCCUUCAAGGUACCGAUCAAGACUUCGGCACGCACGACCGCGGUGCGAGAACGCACCGCUCGCAAACGGCCCGUGACCUACGUCUACGAAGAAUUUCCAGCUGCAGAUGACAAUGACGAUGACUUCGACGGCAACACUGGCGAAGACCGCGACAGGUCUCUCCGAAAGAGAGUCGACGCGCUUUCAGCGCGUCGGCUCUCUGGCGAUCCCGCGCGGCUGGGCCAGAUAGAGACCGUACUUCGACGGUCGUUCACAGUUCCAAUCCGGAACUACGUGUGCCGUCACAAUUUGCCCCGCGCGCUGGGCACCAAGCCCAAAAUUGUCAUGGAACCACGGCCGCUUCACGAUCCGACCGAUGAGUUUGCCAUUGUGCUUUUCGAUCCGACCGUCGACGGCGAGAUUACUAUGCCCUCACAGGAAACGCUCCGGGCCUCGCCACCGCCCCCCAUUAAGAGCAGCCCAACGUCACGCGCCGCGUCACCGACCGCGACGCAAUUACAAACCCAAACCGCCGGCUUGUCGGCCUCGCAAGCUGCUGCCAAAAAAAUGCUUUCCAAUGGUGUUCCAAACAAGAGUCUUCGCGAGUUGCUGGGCGACCCAGAAAAGGAGAAAAGAUUCGCCAAUGUUCCGGUCGUAAUAGAUCCAAUUUUAGCCAAGAUUCUGCGUCCGCAUCAAGUCGAAGGUGUUCGUUUCUUGUACAGAUGCGUGACGGGUCUUGUAAUGAAGGAUUUCGAGGUCGCGCAAGCGAUUGUCUCUAAUGCGACGGAAGACGCCGCCAUGGUGCCUUCACCCGCAUCAGCCCCCAAAAAAAUUGAGCAAAACAAGGGCGCCUACGGAGCCAUUAUGGCCGACGAGAUGGGACUGGGCAAGACCUUACAAUGCAUUGCACUGAUGUGGACACUGUUGCGACAGGGUCCGCAGGGUAAAAAAACCAUAGAUAAAUGCGUUAUCGUGUGUCCGUCCUCUUUGGUAAACAAUUGGGCAAACGAAAUCGUGAAAUGGCUUGGGAGGGACACUCUUCCGUCAUUGGCCGUCGAUGGCAAGAAAAGCUCCCUCAACAACGGUACUGUGUCACAGGCGGUCAGAACAUGGGCACAAGCAUGCGGUCGUAACGUUGUUAAGCCCGUGCUGAUCAUAUCUUAUGAAACGCUUCGACGUAAUGUCGAACAUCUUAAAAACUGUGAAGUGGGACUUCUGUUAGCAGACGAAGGCCACCGCCUGAAAAAUGCCGAUUCUUUGACUUUCACUUCGCUGAACAGCAUUGCAUGCCCGAGACGUAUAAUUCUGUCCGGAACCCCUAUUCAAAAUGAUCUUUCCGAAUACUUUGCCCUUCUCAACUUUUCCAACCCCGGAUUACUUGGCUCGAAAUCUGAUUUUCGUAAGAACUACGAAAUGCCAAUUUUACGCGGCCGAGAUGCUUGUGCGACUGAUUCGGAAGUAACGAUUGGGAAUUCUAAGUUGCAGGAGCUCUCUACGGUGGUGUCGAAGUUCAUUAUAAGGCGGACCAACGACAUUUUAUCCAAAUACCUUCCUUGCAAAUAUGAGCAUGUAAUUUUUGUGAAUCCCAGUCCGCUUCAAAAAGAACUUUAUGCCCAUUUCUUAAAGUCGAGAGAAGUGAAGGACCUCGUCACAAAUAAGCCAAAACAACAACCUCUUAAAGCGAUUGGACUGCUGAAGAAGCUUUGUAACCAUCCGGCUCUUUUGGAUUUGCCCAAUGAGAUUCGGGAUUCCGAGAAUUUUCUGCCGGAAGAUUAUCAGGAUUUUACCUACAGCAAACGAGGCUCAUCGGUGCAAAUCAAAUACUCCAGCAAAUUCCUCAUUCUACAGAGAUUUUUGCAUCAAAUCAAAACUCAGUCCAAUGACAAAAUUGUCUUGAUCUCAAAUUAUACACAAACUCUGGACAUGAUAGAAAGACUUUGCAGGGACUGUGAUUACGGCGUUAUUCGUCUGGAUGGGACACUCGCCAUCAAUAAGAGACAGAAACUCGUUGACCGAUUUAACGACCCGGAGGGUCAAGAAUUUAUUUUCCUUCUUAGUUCCAAGGCCGGUGGAUGCGGUAUAAACCUCAUAGGGGCCAACAGAUUGAUUUUAAUGGAUCCCGACUGGAAUCCAGCUGCAGAUCAACAGGCAUUGGCUAGAGUUUGGAGAGAUGGUCAGAAAAAGGACUGUUUCAUCUACAGAUUUAUUUCCACGGGCACCAUAGAGGAGAAAAUAUAUCAACGACAGUCGAUGAAGAUGAGUUUGAGUUCGUGCGUGGUUGACGAGAAAGAAGAUGUAGAGCGCCUUUACUCCAACGAGAACUUAAAACAGCUUUUCGAGUUUAAUCAAAAUUCUGAUUGCGAUACUCACGAUGGAUACCAGUGCAAAAGAUGUAAAAAGGGCAAACAAAUUAUAAAGCCUCGUGCAAUGCUUUAUGGUGAUGCUACCACUUGGAAUCAUGUGGAUAGAGAUGCUCUUGCAAAGACGAAUGAUCAUUUACUGAAGCGUGAAGCCUCAUUUAAUGACAUAAGUUAUGUCUUCCAGUACAUCUCCUGCUGA